GAAGCCCCUCAUCCAUACCAAAUGGCUCUUAGGAUUUCCAAUAGUCGUGAAUCAUUUUGAUUCUUCCUCUAUGAUUUGACAAAGCAAUGUUCCGUCCAAAUCACAAAAAUUACCACCGCCACCACCAUCAAAUUCAUCAACUCAAAUCUGUUCAUCCAUCCCGAUAAUGAAGAGGCAACAUGAUCACACUGGGCCUACUCAUCUCCUCGUGUUUACGCAUGUAGUCAAUCCCUCCCUUGAAGAUUCCCAGCGUCUUCGUGUCACCACCUAACUCCACCACCCCCAGCAGCUGACUGUUACAGCUGACCUGCCCAAUUUUCGAUUUUCACCACCCAACCAACCCCUUCUGCCCUCAACCCCACCGCCAACCACUCGUUUCUGCUCCUCUGGAUUCCCCUCUCCGCUAAUUUUUCCUUCCAACAAUCUUGGCGGCUUUUCAUCAAACGCCUGAUGGACAAUUCAAGUUCACCAUCAAUUGCACCAAUUUCGCCAUCCCGCCAUCAAACCCAUCCUAAACCCCUGGACAUGUCUAACGCCUCCAUGAUCUCGGCAUUUCUUGAGGACCCCACCAACUCCUCCCUUUUCGAUUGGUCCGAUUUUCUGGACUUCAACAUCGACGUCGAGCCUUUUGCGUCUGCUCCUUUUGCCGCCGAUCAACAACAGCAGGAGGGACCCGUCUCGCCCUCGGAUUCGGAUCAAGUUUCACCUCCGGCGGAGGAUCCGGGGCGGGUUAGGAAGAGGGACCCGAGGCUGGUUUGCACGAAUUUCUUGGCGGGUCGGGUUCCCUGUGCUUGCCCGGAGUUAGAUGAGAAGUUGGAGCUGGAAGAGGUGACGGCCCUUGGCGGGCCGGGCAAAAAGAGACCCCGGACCGUCAGGGUUCGGGCAGGGUCUAAUGCCCGCUGCCAAGUGCCGGGGUGUGGAGCUGAUAUCAGUGAACUUAAAGGAUAUCAUAAGCGGCACCGGGUUUGUUUGCAGUGCGCCAAUGCUGGUGCUGUAGUUCUUGAUGGGCAGAGUAAGAGAUAUUGUCAACAGUGUGGCAAGUUUCAUAUUUUAUCUGAUUUUGAUGAGGGCAAGCGUAGCUGUAGAAGGAAAUUAGAGCGUCACAAUAAUAGACGACGAAGGAAACCCAAUGAUCCUAAAGGCACUGUUGAAACGGAACAUCAGCAGACCACUGUGGCCGAAGAUGUUAGCGGUGAUGAUGAUGCAGGAAAAGAUGGCAUUUGCUUGAGUAGUGAAAAUGCAGAGAAGGAAACAUUGUUGGAAUCUGAAGGGCAACAGUCAACACUCUGCUCAGCUCAUGAUUCACAGAAUAUUCAGAACAAUAGCAUUGUAACUUCUGGAUCUUAUGGUGACACUCAGAUCUACGGAGAGAAAGAAAAUCCUAAAUACAGUCGCUCCCCGUCUUUCUGUGACAACAAAAAUGCAUUUUCUUCUGUGUGUCCUACUGGUCGCAUCUCUUUCAAGCUUUAUGAUUGGAAUCCUGCAGAAUUUCCUCGACGACUCCGGCACCAAAUAUUUCAAUGGUUAGCUAGCAUGCCUGUUGAAUUGGAGGGAUACAUCCGCCCUGGCUGUACAAUAUUGACAGUGUUCAUUGCAAUGCCCAAGUUUAUGUGGGUUAAGUUAUCCGAGAAGCCAGCUGAGUGCUUGCACAACUUGGUUCUCUCUCCUGGAAGCAUGCUAUCUGGCCGGGACACUUUUUAUAUUUAUCUUAACAACAUGAUAUUCCGUGUGAUAAAAGGUGGAAGUUCUCUCUUCAAAGUUAAGGUUAAUGAACAGGCUCCAAAGCUCCAUCAUGUUCAUCAUACAUGCUUUGAGGCUGGAAAGCCAAUGGAGUUUGUUGCCUGUGGAAGUAACCUUCUUCCGUCUAAACUUCGGUUCCUUGUAUCUUUCAUGGGAAAAUAUCUAGCCCAUGAUCUUUGUGUUUCAUCAUCAUGCGGUAAGACUGAAGGGGAUGCUGGUAGCCUAAACCAUCAUUCAUUCAAGAUAUCUGUUCCUCAAACGGAACCUGGAAUCUUUGGCCCUGCAUUUGUUGAGGUUGAGAAUGAAUUUGGCCUUUCGAAUUUUAUUCCUGUCCUUAUCGGCGACAAAGAAAUUUGUGCAGAAAUGAAUAUAAUGCAGCAAAGAUUUGCUGCUAAACCAUGUAUUAAAGGACUACAGCUUUCAGCUACUAGUUCAUGUGGAGUUUCUGACUUGAGACAAACAGAAUUUUCAGAAUUUAUUAUGGAUGUAGCAUGGUCACUGAAGAAGCCUGUCAUGAAAUCAUCUACGCAAUUUCUCACAUCUGUGCAGAUCAAAAGGUUUACUAAUCUUUUGAAUUUUCUAAUAGAAAAUGAGUCUACUGCCAUACUGGACAGAGUGGUGUAUUAUACGAGAGUUUUGAUCGACAAGAAUUUUGUUGCAACCAACAUCACUGAUGCUGAUAUGGAGCACUUGUGGAUGAAUUUGGACAAGGCAAGAGACAUACUUUAUCAGAAAUUGCGACGAAAUGAACAUCAAUUAAAUAAUUCAAGAAAGUUUUUGCUAGGGGAAAGGUCUUUCAAUCGAAGCUCCCUGGAUCAUAUGUCAUCUGUUGCAACAUCAAACAGCCAGGUGAAGGCUUUUUCCGCUGCCCCUAAAUGGUUGUGGGUCAUUUAUGAUCAUUUAGGCGAUUGAUUACUGUGUCAUCAAAUUUGAAGGGUGAGGAGGUAACAAGUAAGGCAAAGUUAACUGCUAGAGUGGACAUAUCUUCUUCUCACGAGGGAGGAACAACGGUCCCUCUUCUGACCGGAGAGGUGGUCAUGAGAGUAAACGUUAGUGAACGACCGGGAAAAUCUUGCAGUCCUUUGUUGAUUAAAACGGGUUUUUCCUCUCGGCCUCUCAUUUUUGCAGUAACUGCUGCUACUGUGUGUAUUGGACUCUGCGCCGUCCUCUUCCACCCUGAGACGGUUGGUGAAGUAGCCACGACGAUUCGCAAGUGUUUGCAACAGAAUUCGUAGUGUUGUAAGUUGCUCCAAUCCAGAGCAGGUGUACCGGAAUGUAGAUGGAAUGAUACCGCAAUGUACAGUAAAGAUUUAGGGAUUAAGGUGAUUAAUCACAAGGUGGUGAAUGUUAUGUUCUUGCCUUGAUGCUCGAAGUUGAGCUGGCUGUGGAAUAUGCAGCAUUUGUAUGGUUUUGGAGGCACCCAACAAGUUGAAAUGGUACUCAGCAUGGCAUACAAAAACCGACGGUACAUGGUUUCAAUUGUUGGAAGGAUUAUAUUGUUUUUCCCUUGAUUGAAAAGACAGCCUGGCGUAUCGAUGUUGCUCCUGUAUUUUGUUCUUAAACGUUGUACCAAUUGUAGAUUUCUCUUUUUUUCUGUAUCAAGUUUUGGUAGAAUAGAAAUGUUAUAUGUUUUUACGAUCCUAUCCUAGCUACUCGGUUCAUGGCAUCAAAAUAAUUUCAAGUGUCACUUAAUAGUAGGUGUGUUCUUGACUUGGAACUGUGAGUAGCUUCAUUAUUUAUUUAUUUAUUUAUUUAUGUUCUGUAUUGAUUAUGGGGAAUAUAUCCCUGAAAUUCGAAUACUUGGCUGUCCCAAGUUUCUCUGAUAAGACAGUUCAUCAAUUUGCGGACAAA